AGGCCGUGUGCUGGGCGGCCCGGGCGGCCGCACCAUGGAGUCGGGCACUGAGGAGUAUGAGCUCAACGGCGACCUGCGCCCGGGCUCCCCCGGUUCCCCCGACGCCUUGCCACCCCGCUGGGGUUUGCGGAACCGGCCCAUCAAUGUAAACCAUUAUGCCAACAAGAAGAGCGCUGCGGAGAGCAUGCUGGACAUCGCGCUGCUCAUGGCCAACGCGUCGCAGCUGAAGGCCGUGGUGGAGCAGGGCAAUGAUUUCGCCUUCUUCGUGCCCCUUGUGGUCCUCAUCUCUAUCUCCCUCGUGCUGCAGAUAGGAGUGGGCGUGCUGCUCAUCUUCCUGGUCAAGUAUGACCUCAACAACCCGGCCAAGCACGCCAAGCUGGACUUUCUUAACAACCUGGCCACGGGACUGGUUUUCAUCAUCGUCGUGGUCAACAUCUUCAUUACGGCCUUCGGGGUCCAGAAGCCUGUAAUGGACGUGGCGCCCCGGCAGUAGAACGCCCAGAGACUUUAAGGGUACCGGACCUGCAGCCCAGCUGACCAGACCCCUGCAACUGCUGUACCCCCAAGGUAUCCCUCUCCUGUGUGCAGAGCCCAAGGUGGCCACCGCUGGACCAUGGUCAGGGACGGACUUCCGUCCAACUGUGACCGCUGUGUGGGCGGCCACCUGAGACAUGUGGGAACCGGAUGCAGGGCCAUGAAGAUCAGAACUGGACAGCUCCAUAGAAACCCAAGUCCAGAGAAUGGUCACUGCCCACCCAAGGACAUGCAGCAAAUCCAUGAUUGGACUUGACGAGGGGCCAGCACUGGCCUCUGUCUCAGGACAUUCCAGAAGGACCAGGAUAUGCCCCUCCCUUUGCUGAUACACCAGUGACCCUACUUCUCAUGGAGCCUGCCCAGGUCACCCUGGAGACUGCUGCCUUUGUUGUUUCUUGACCCAGGGACCUUGGACAGCCAUCAGUAUCUGCUGGCUCCAGCCUCAGUGCCUGGGCUUGGCAGCCAUCAAGAGGCAGCCAUGCCCGUGGGGGCUGCAGGUCAUGCUGGUACUUCCUGCCAGUGGUGACCUGGGUAGAGCCCCAGCCCUCAACUCAGGGGUUCAGGCCCCACUUUUCUAAUCAGGAACGACAAUAAAGCUUAUGUGCUUCCCUGCUGG